UAUUAUGUUAUGUUGCUAUAGCAAAAAUCAACAGUUGUCCCAGAAAACAGCUCUGGAAAGAAAACCGAUUUAAAGAAGAGAGGGAAUCCAAGUCAUCAUGACAGACCCAAAGGAUAUCCACCUGAGGAAGACUCACAGAAAACAGCUCUGGAAAGAAAAAUCCUUUAAAGAAGAGAGGGAAUCCAAGUCAUCAUGACAGACCCAAAGGAUAUCCACCUGAGUUUCCCAUCUGAAAACUUAGAGGAGGAAAUGGCUCCAAUAAGUCCAGUUCAAGAUGAGAAAGAAAAGAAAGACAUUCAGGACCACUUCAUACAGAGACUUCGCUCCAACUGGCAAACAAUCAUUUUAAUGGUGAUGCUUUUAAUCUUGACCUUUGUCACAGUAACUUUGAGCAUUGAAUUUGCUCGGUUACAAAAAGAAAACAAUCAGAUAAAUCGGCUACUGAAAGCAAAUCAACAAAACAGCACCAGUCCCUGUGGUGGGCUAAAGGUGAAAGACAACUUCACCUUCAUUCCUACUUACAACAACAAUGUGAGCCUCCUCUUCAACAAGACAUACCUGAGUCUGCUCCUGGUCAAUGCAGAGCAAGAAGAGUCCAAGCUGAGCCUGCUCCUGAACAACACAGAGAAAGAAAAGUCCAAGCUGAGCCUGCUCCUAAACAACACAGAGAAAGAAAAGACCAAGCUGAGCCUGCUCCUAAACAACACAGAGAAAGAAAAGUCCAAGCUGAGCCUGCUCCUAAACAACACAGAGAAAGAAAAGACCAAGCUGAGCCUGCUCCUGGAGGACACAGAGAAAGAAAAGUCCAAGCUGAGCCUGCUCCUAAACAACACAGAGAAAGAAAAGACCAAGCUGAGCCUGCUCCUAAACAACACAGAGAAAGAAAAGUCCAAGCUGAGCCUGCUCCUGAACAACACAGAGAAAGAAAAGUCCAAGCUGAGCCUGCUCCUGAACAACACAGAGAAAGAAAAGUCCAAGCUGAGCCUGCUCCUGGAUGACAUAGAGAAAGAAAAGACCAAGCUGAGCCUGCUCCUAAACAACACAGAGAAAGAAAAGUCCAAGCUGAGCCUGCUCCUGGAUGACACAGAGAAAGAAAAGACCAAGCUGAGCCUGCUCCUGGAUGACACAGAGAAAGAAAAGACCAAGCUGAGCCUGCUCCUAAACAACACAGAGAAAGAAAAGUCCCAGCUGAGCCUGCUCCUAAACAACACAGAGAAAGAAAAGUCCAAGCUGAGCCUGCUCCUAAACAACACAGAGAAAGAAAAGUCCAAGCUGAGCCUGCUCCUAAACAACACAGAGAAAGAAAAGUCCCAGCUGAGCCUGCUCCUGGAUGACACAGAGAAAGAAAAGUCCAAGCUGAGCCUGCUCCUAAACAACACAGAGAAAGAAAAGUCCAAGCUGAGCCUGCUCCUGGAUGACACAGAGAAAGAAAAGUCCAAGCUGAGCCUGCUCCUAAACAACACAGAGAAAGAAAAGUCCAAGCUGAGCCUGCUCCUGGAUGACACAGAGAAAGAAAAGACCAAGCUGAGCCUGCUCCUUGAUGACACAGAGAAAGAAAAGUCCCAGCUGAGCCUGCUCCUGGAUGACACAGAGAAAGAAAAGACCAAGCUGAGCCUGCUCCUGGAUGACACAGAGAAAGAAAAGUCCAAGCUGAGCCUGCUCCUGGAUGACACAGAGAAAGAAAAGACCAAGCUGAGCCUGCUCCUUGAUGACACAGAGAAAGAAAAGUCCCAGCUGAGCCUGCUCCUGGAUGACACAGAGAAAGAAAAGACCAAGCUGAGCCUGCUCCUGGAUGACACAGAGAAAGAAAAGUCCAAGCUGAGCCUGCUCCUGGAUGACACAGAGAAAGAAAAGACCAAGCUGAGCCUGCUCCUGGAUGACACAGAGAAAGAAAAGUCCAAGCUGAGCCUGCUCCUGGAUGACACAGAGAAAGAAAAGUCCAAGCUGAGCCUGCUCCUCAACAAAGCGUUACAGGAAAAAUCAGAGCUACAAGUGGAGAACAAGUUUUUGGAAGAGGAGAAAAACAAGCUCCAGCAGCUGUUUACUAAUGAACAGCAAAUCACACUUCAGCUGAGGGCAGAAAAUAAACAGAAAGGUUCAAUCCUGAUGUCAGACAAACUAUCUUUCCUGUGGACAUUUUGCAACAAAAGCACGCUGCAGUGUACACGCUGCCCCCCUGACUGGACCGAGCAUAAUGCCCGCUGCUUCUACCUGUCUCCAACACAAAGAAACUGGGAGGAUGCUCGUAGGCAGUGUUCUGUUGAUGGAGGUGACCUGGCUGUUGUUUUGAAUCCUGCAGACCAGGCAUUCAUCACCAACAUGACUCAUCAGUUUGUACAACAGCAUCCUCAAGUACGAUUGCAUUCAGUAUGGAUCGGGUUGCAGGACAUGGUGAGGGAUGGCAGUUUCAUGUGGGUUAAUGGCCUCAAAGUCAAGCCAGAUAUGAAGUAUUGGCGGCCUAAGGAGCCAAACAAUGCUGUGGCCUCCUGGGACAAAGACCAUGCGGGACAGGACUGUGUUGCCAUAAUCCCACCAAGGAGCAUUGAACAAAAAGACUGGAUGAAUUCCUGGGAUGACAUUGUCUGUCUUGGCAAACGGCACUAUAUUUGUGAGAACAAAGCUCUCAUUUUUUCUUAACAGUAAAACUUAAUAGAUAAAGACCUUUACUCAUAGACUCCACCUGAUCCAUCAACAUCACAGUUUCUUUCAAUCUGAUGGCAUGUGCCCUCCCACUGUAACGCAAAGCAAGGGGGCAAGAAUUGCAAGGUCACACGGGAAUUGCGAGAUCACAUGUUUGUAUGUUAAUCAUGUCCUACAUUGUUGUGUUGUAACCUACUGACAAAGUAAAUAGUUAAAAGAUCAGUU